CACUUCAAACAGGCUUCUUGCUGCACUCAUUAUAAUUUCCAGCCGCCACCAAUUAAUAAAGAGGAUGCGGAUGUACUCCGUAGGUAGGUAUGUCAACACGUCUAACGAAAUAAUUUCGAUAUUUAAAAGGUCAAAAAAAGCAAGAAAGUGGUAGUUGGCAUUUUUACACAUUUAUAUGAAGAUAUGGAUGUAAAGAAUUGAUUCCCUACUUCCGAAUUUCUUUUUUUCGAACAUUCCCCAUCUCCAUUAUCGACACAGGCAAUCUGCAUCAUCUUUGUUCUCGACCCUCACUCGCCUCACAAGGAUACCUGAGCAGUAUCAAGAUCUUUUUUUUGGCAUCGGAUCCACAGCUUUCCGUCCAAGUUCUACUUAGUCCAUAAAUCGAUAUCCCACUUCAAUAUUAAUCAAAAUUUACCAUCAUUGUGGGUUUCUACCGUGACAUUGCUUCGAUCUUCAUCUGCAUCACAUCUGCCAUUGUAUCCCAACUUCAAAUAUCUUCUCGUUGGCCAAUGUUAUUGGGAAUACGGAGAUACGACGAGAAAAUCUUCUGCGAAGAUUCGCAGCAUACCCAAUCGUGGCGGCAUACAACCAGCCUUAUCUUGCGCCAGGAUUCGAUCUGGAAUAUCAAUACCUUCAAUCGAACCCCUCACCAGUAUAUUCGGGAUCUACCAGUACCACAUCGGACUUGACUAUCAUUGGCGAUCAACGAUACGCUUCCCCAGCUUAUCCUAUCCGCGACAACAGUCCUAGACCUACAAAACGUCAAAAGAUUAAUGGAAAGCCCAAGCAGAUUAAAGUUCGAGCAAAGAUAGAUAAUCAGAUGCCAGGAAAUGAUGCGUCUUCCGCAACUGCUGCGGAGGCUUCAACGACCGCUGCAAAUAAACCAAAACGAGUACGGACGGGAUGUUUGACAUGCAGAGAAAGACAUUUGAAAUGCGAUGAGGGUUUACCAAAUUGUCUGAAUUGCCGGAAAUCUAGUCGGGAAUGCAAAAGAGGGGUGCGACUAAAUUUUAUCGAUACCCAGAUCAAAUCACCACCAAUGAUCCCUCCUACAGCAGACUGGUCAGUUCAAUUUCAAGAUGAGUCCCGCGAAAUUGCUUCAGAAUACAAGGGCGGCUUAAGUCGAUAUGCUCACAUCGAACAAACAAUUACCCCUCCUCGAGAUCCGCCCACCGAAUAUCCUAUGCGACCUGUGGUUGUUGAUCCUAUGAUGCAAGGGAAUGCCCUUCCGCCAAUACAGACUGCUGGUACUUUCAUGGAUAAUAAUCUUGGGGCUAAGCAAGAGGUGGCACAUUCUUCACAUUCUAGGCACACAAGUAGGCAUUUAUCUCACGCUGGCAGUGAGAGUUCUAGUUAUUUGACCGCGCCGACUGCAUACACUGCUUCGGAACAAAUCAUCACGCCACCUAACGAAAGUCGGGAUUAUCUUACUACUCCCGAAGAAGUUCUAUAUAUGCAAGUUUUCGUCGAGGAAGUUGGAUUAUGGAUGGAUAGUAUGGACCCGAUGAAACACUUCUCUAGGUUAUUACCGUUCCAUUCUCUAGGAGAACCCAUGCUUCUCAAUGCUUUCCUAGCAUGUGGAGCUCGACAUUUGACUCUUGUCAAUCCUGUUUACCAGGAGGACAAAGCAUUAUAUUAUUAUGACACAGCCACUACUCAAUUGUUGCGAUCGUUACAAAAUCCCGAUCGAGAUACUGUCAUCUGUGCAACUACAGCUGUCAUUCUUAACGUUUAUGAGAUCAUGUCCGAAAGAGCGAUGCAACGUAUGAACCAUAUUGCCGGAGCACGAGCUUUGAUUAAGGAAUGUGGAUGGAAUGCACGAAGUACUGGUGUAGGGGCCGCAUGCUUUUGGCUUAAUGUUGGUAUGGAAUUGCUCAGUUGUUUGCAUUUUAAUUGGCAGGUAGCUUGGGACCCGGAUCAAUGGGGAGUUGAUAUGGAUUUUUCACGAGAGUUGGAAGCUGGACGAGAGGAAGUCUGGGUUCAUCGGAUGCUGUACAUCAUUGGUAAAAUCGCAAACUUCCGGGCAUCAAUUCCACGAUUUCAGGAGGCUUCACCACACGACGAACAAAUUCGAAUGCAAUCUAGGCUUCUCAAACGUGCCACAAUCGUUGGUAGAUUGUUCUACCACACAGCGAUGUGCCUUCUCCCUCAAAUUAAUCCGUUGUUGAGUCCAGAAAAUGCGGAAAUGCACGAUAUGCAGCAAGACCAUUCUCGUUCCAUAUGUGGCAUUGUAGCACACGUCAAGGACAGGGGAGUUGCUAGUGUCGCGCUUCGUUCUUUAGCUAUCGCUGCCGAAUGUUUAGUCGUUCGUCGCGAACAAGAAGAAGUACUCACCAUAUUCGAAAAAAUUCGAAAAGAGACGGGUUGGAGAGUUGGGUUCUUACACAAAGAACUCAAAACGAAGUGGGGUUGGCCAGAUGAAACAGCACAACAGCAACAGAUGAUGCCACAAGCGAAUUCCUUGUCACAGUUUUUCCCUUCUAAUACGCCAACACCAUCGUCAAAUUUACCACCUGCACCACCAAGACCGUCUAUUCCAAGCGGUAUCUUGAAUCCUCUUCUGAAAACUGCGGACUUCUCCUUACCGAAUCAUCCAUAUCAACAACAUUAUCAACCACCAAACACAACAAAUCAAUUUACUCAUACAUAUCUAUAAUUGAUAUGUCAUAUUACAAACCAGCAUCGAGAUUUUCAUUGUUCAUCACUUCUUCGACGACGCUAUGGGAGACGCAAAUCAAAACGAUACCUGAGAGGAAAAUUCAGGGAUGGACGUCAUUUUGCAUACGGAAUCAGGGGGACAAAAUUUCAAUUUAGCGUUAUGAACUGGGACAUUGGAGUCAAAUUGGCGUUUGGGGAAUAAACAAUCGGCGCCGGAUUGGUGGGCACUCCUAGGUAUUCUUGAACAUAAAACCUUGGAGUUUGAGGGAAUGGAGGACUUGAUUCUUUCAGCGUUGUUCUUAGAUAGUGUAGUACGAUAGAGUGAGUGGCAUUGGACGACAGUGUAUAUACAAUAUACAUGAAUUGUAUUAUCUCUGAAUGUUAAAGAAUGUCCCUA